CUCCGUUUCAUUUUCUUGCAGCUUUUCGUUUUCCCGCUUUCUGUAGAGGAAAUCAAUCCUCCAUUGCAGUGGUAUCUUCUUCUCCAUAUUCGUGGACGACAAAAUUCGGCUUGUAAGGAGGAAGGCUUGGUAGUUCCAAUGAAGGGAAAAGGUAAUGGGAAGGGAAGAAAGGUUAUUGCUGGUAAAGUGUACCGUGGAAUAACUGGUAAAGGUAAAGGUGUAAGUGGUGGUAAAGGUAAAGGUAAUAGUGUGAGGGGUGAUAAAGGGAAAGGUGGUCUGGGAGUAGGGGGUGCUAAAAGGAAAAUAGUAUAUGAGCCAGAGUAUUCAUCGUGUUCAUCAACUUCAGAAUCAUCAUAUGGAUCAAUGUCGGAUGAUGAUUUUGAGUAUUACCCUGAAUCAAAAGGGGAAGUUGAAUGCGAAUACAGCGCUGUGUCUAGUGAAGAGGUUACUGAUUGCUACAGUAGUGGUGAAGAGGUGAGAAAGGCUGAACGCAAAGCGAAGGCCGGGAAACGGAAAGUUGUUCCGAAGGUUUUUGUGGUGUUUUAUUUAGACCAACUUAAUCAAGCUCCCCUUGAGUGGGGUGAGUUCCAAGAAUCAAAGUUUGGUCGAGGAACGAGAUGAACAAGGCAAUAUCUGUUAAUCAGUUUGAAACUGGUGAUUUUGGAGCCCGUGGAGUAAGUGUUUACAAAGGGGUAGUGUUUUCAUUGGUUAGAUACAUAAUGUUAUUUUGUGUCCAUUGAUUAAAGGGAAAUUUGUCAGAAACAACCUUUUAAAAUGUCCACUUUAUUUAAAACAACCUUUUACAAAAAAAAUUUGUAACUUCAGACCACAUUAUAAAUUUUUUUUUGUCAAAGACAACCUAAUGCUACUUUCCGGCGUUGACUUUAUCUUUUUCCGUUGUUGACCACAAGUGUGCAGGGACAUGACCUCUUAUAUAUAUUGCUUAAUACACCCCUUUUUCCUCCAAUUAACUCUAAUUAAAACCUCUACUUCUCUCUCAUUCCUCUUUUUCGAUCAAUAGGAAAAAAAUUCUAGGGUAAAUUCCUCUAAAACUAAAUAAAGUCAACACCGGAAAAAAUAGGGAAAAGUAGCAUUAGGUUGUCUUUGACAAAAAAAAUUUAUAAUGUGGUUUGAAGUUACAAAAAAAAUUUAAAAGGUAGUUUUAAAUAAAGUGGACACUUUAAAAGGUUGUUUUUGACAAA